AUGCGACGCCUUCUGCGCCAUGUCCGGCCAACUGCCACCGGCCGCAUGCGUGCGCUGAGCCAGACUGGCGCCAGUCAGCCAGCGGACGCCAGACCAGAUCCCUCAGACCCAUCGCGGUUCAUGCGGCGCAGCUACUGGGAGGAGUAUCAUGAGAGCAGCGACCUCUCUCAUGAGUGGUUCCUGGAGCCAAGCAAGUGCUUGGAGGUCCUGUUGCCGACAGUCCAGACUGUCUGUGCUUCGCAGAGUUCCUCGACAAAGGAUCGAGACGCUUUGCGCGCACUGCACAUCGGAUGCGGGACCAGUACACUGGGCAUCGAGCUGGCGAGGAGCAGCCUGACCAUGAAGUCCAGCUUGCAUGUUUCCAAUGUGGACUUCAGCAAGAACGCGAUCGAGGCGAUGCGCAAAGCGAGAUCGCAGAGCCCAGACGCGGCAGCCACGCUGAACGAGUGGAUUCUCGCAGACCUUUUAAGCCUGCCGUUCGAGAACUGCCACUUCGACCUGAUAUUGGACAAGGGCACCUUCGAUGCCUUCGAAGCAAGUGAUGCGGGCCGACGUCAGGACCAAGCAGGCCCGGGUCCCGCGGAGAGCCUCUGCAACGAGGUGGACCGUGUGUUGAAGCGGCACCUUGACUCGGCGUGGCUGCAGAUCACCCACUCUGCGCCGGAGUUGCGGCUGGAGGUCCUCCACGCCUCUUUGCCGCAAGUCGGACCUCGAGACCUCCCGCAGGGCUGGCAGAUUAGCUACCGAAGCCUCGGCGAGGACGAAACGGGCUUCGAGUACUUCGUGUACUUCGUGCGUCGCAGGCCGAUGUUCGAGCUGGUCCGGCUCCAGGAUGGUGAGGCCUCCCAACUUGGCAUCUUCGUCGACGAGUCUCAGGCCCUGGCUGCAGCAAGCGAUGCUGCAGGAGAACAUCAGCAACAAGUGGCUGUGCGCCCUCUGAGCCAGUCUCGGCUUUGA